GUUACUUUGCGGCUGCUGAUGUGACACCGCGAGCUGCUACUGCCGCUGUUAGCUAGCACUGGUUAGCAGUCUUUUUUUUGUUGACUUUCGCAUUUUACUCGCUCUGCAUCGGAAUAAAGACAAGCGACACUAAAAUGGACAACAGCGGGAAAGAGAAGGAGGCGACGGCUCUAAUGGCCGAGGCCGAGAAGAAGAUGAAGUCGUCCCAGUCCUUUUUCGGAGCGCUGUUUGGGGGUUCCUCCAAGAUGGAAGAGGCCUGUGACCUGUAUGUAAGGGCAGCCAACAUGUACAAAAUGGCCAAAAACUGGUGUGCUGCAGGAAAUGCGUUCUCCCAGGCCGCUCACCUUCACCUGCAGAUGCAGAGCAAACACGAUGCAGCAACUAACUUCAUAGAUGCAGGAAAUGCCUUCAAAAAAGCCGAUCCACAAGAGGCCAUAAACUGCCUAAACCGAGCUAUUGAGAUUUACACCGACAUGGGGCGAUUCACCAUCGCAGCCAAACACCAUAUCACCAUUGCUGAAAUAUAUGAGACAGAACUGGUGGACAUUGACAAGGCCAUUGCUCAUUAUGAACAGGCAGCAGAUUAUUACAAAGGGGAAGAAUCCACAAGUUCAGCAAACAAGUGCCUUCUGAAAGUAGCAACCUACGCAGCUCAGCUGGAGCAGUACCAGAAAGCUAUCGAGAUCUACGAACAGGUUGGGACCCAUGCGAUGGACAGUACGCUCCUGAAAUACAGUGCCAAGGAUCACUUCUUUAAGGCAGCGCUCUGUCAUUUCUGUGUAGACAUGCUGAACGCAAAACUUGCUGUGCAGAAGUAUGAAGAAAUGUUCCCGGCCUUUUCAGACUCUAGAGAGUGCAAGCUGUUGAAGAAACUCCUAGACGCCUAUGAAGAACAGAACGUGGAUGCUUAUACUGAUUCGGUGAAGGAAUUCGACACCAUUUCUCGGUUGGACCAGUGGCUCACCACCAUGCUUCUCCGCAUCAAGAAAACCAUACAAGACGACGAGAACGACCUUCGCUGACUCGCCUCCCAGUUUGUCAUCAACCCCUUGGAAACCGACUUGCAUCCUUCUUUUUGCCUCGAGCCUCUCACUUCCAUUCUAGCGGCGUUCUUAAUUUUUCCAACCAUUAGCCCUUAUAUUCACAGAUACUGCAUUUCUUUCCUGCCAUCUGCAGUAUUUUUCUCGCCUUUUAAUCUGCUCGACACAGUUCUCUAAAACAUUUUGACCUUUAUAGGUAUGAACACUAUUUUCCUGAGUGCGCUCUGCACACCGUAUGUUAGUUGUGUACUGUUAUGAUUCAGGUAUUGGCCCAGUAUUAGUUAUUGUAUUCAUAAUUGGGCUCAAAUACCAAACUGCUCAUACCAGCACACUUACAUAAUAAUAUUUUAUUUUAUUUUCAUUGUUAUGAAAUGGAAGAGAGGAUGCCAGCUUACUAACACAAAAUAUAUUUUCCAAAAUGUGCUUCAGAAUAAACUAAACUAACCAAAAUGCCAAGAUUGAUUAAAGCGCUCACAUGGGUUUUUUGGUUAUUUGAAGUGCUCCAGUAUCCUGUUGGUCGUAUCAGGGCACCUCUAAUUAAACAGCUUCAUCUCUCCGAGCAGAGAGGCCAAGAGUUUCUGAGGUUAUUCCACAGCUAAUGCUCCCUCUGCCUUACACUGCGAAGUUCUCAGGACGUCAACAGCUAGAUUUGAUGAAGAUUUCAACUAAUAUAAUGCUUUUAUAAGCGUCGGUAAUUAAUAUAAUCAUUGCUUUUGUCACUUCCAUUUAAAGUGCUUUUAUUCCAGAAACAAAGGUGGAAGAUUCCCGUCACCUUUGUGAACAUUUGCAUGGUUUGGUAUGGAUGAGAAACCUAGAAAAGCCGUUUUUCCACUGUAUAGGAGUGUGUUUUUUGUUGUUAUUGUCUGAUUUUUUGUCAUUACUGUCAUGAGUAACCAGGCUGAUUAAAAAAAAAAUCUAUUUUUUAAGGCCUGCAAGAGAUGCAAUACAUGGAAGAAGAAGGAAAAAAAAGAGCUUUACUGAUCUGAACACUGUGCUCAUGUCCCCCCUCCUGGUGAUUCUGUCAGCAGACAACUGCUUUAAAUAAUUUGUGAUGUUUCCUGUCAAACAUUUGAAUAAACCUGUCUGAGAACAACA